ACGGUUCGUGAACCUACCCGAGAGGACAAAGGUCACGCGUCCUCAUCCACGCGAAACCCUAGCGCCGAAUCGCGAUCCCCUUCCCCACGCCGUCACCACGAUCCCACCCCGUGUGACCGCCGAUCUGCUGCCGAUGACGCAGAAGAAGCGCCCCCGCCGCAGGAGGUCUCCUCGCGAAGGACCCUCCCGCCGUCGCCGCGGUGAAGAAGGCGCAUCGUUGUCUGGAUCCCUUGUCGAAUCGGAUAGCAGCAGCACGACAUCCAGCGCGCCGCCGUCCGGAUCCUUCGACAAGCCGGCCGGGCGGACUUCCAGCGCGCCGCCGUCCGGAUCCUUGGACGAGCCGCCGGUCGCCUGGCCGGCCCGCCAGUCCAGGUACCAUGAGAUCCUCGCCUCGCGUCUCGUCCGAUUGCAGUUACAAGCGGGCGUCGCCAUCGACAGCCCAAAUCUUCCUUCCGAUCAAAUUGUCCAAGUCCUCGCUCGUUCUAAUUUCUAUGAUGAUGAGCUGCGGGCUGCUCUGGUAGAAUAUCAAGUCCAAAAGUUCUUGAGCGUACCCCACGGACCAGAUGUUGAAGAUACAUACUUUGGAGAGGAGUCGGGCGAUGAUAUCACUGCAGAGGAAUUCGUCAAGUACUCCGGACAGCUAAAGACUCGCAGACCUGCUGAAAUUGAUACUGAGACUGGACUGGAUCAAGAGCAGUUGGACAGCCUCCUUGCCAAGUAUAAACGUUAUCGCUUCAAAGCUUACCUGUUGUUGUUAGGAAAGCCUGUCGACGAGCUAGAAGAAGCUGCAUUGGAAUCCAAGUACCCUAUGGAGCUUGCCUUGGAGAAUGACUUCUUCUAUCCUUGCCAUCAUGAUAGCGCCUUUGGCUGGUAUUUUGACUCCGACCUCUGUUUACUUGCAAACUUGAGCGACUACCAGCGGCUAGUCCUUCCUAACCGUGGUCGGAAUGAGUAUGAAUAUGACAGAUGGAGUCAGUACAAAGCGUUUUGUAACACCCCUGAUGCUGAUAGAGAGUAUGUGCUGUACUGGGAAAAGAUGGUCAAGGAAAUGAAGUGGCUUGAAAAUCAUGUGCUUAAAGAUUUUCUCGAGUGGGAGCCAAUGCGCUGUAAAGGUUUGUACCAAUCAGUUAAGAUUGCCAGUGGGUUCACCAACAUUGAUUUGGAUCUAGCAUGUCAUGGUUUCGAGGAGUAUGUAUGGAGGACUCGCCUUUAUCGUCUGUUUGUGGAAGGUCUUGACCGUGCCUUUCUUGAGAUUUGGAAGCGGGUCAAUGAGGAUCAGACGUCUUUCAGAGAUGCUCUGCAGGAAGUUUACAAUGACAAUCCGGUUCCAUCGCGCCGACAUACUUUGAAGGCUGAGCUGGAGCGGCCCGGCGGGUUUUUGCAACUGGAGCGACAAUUCCGCCGGUGCACAGAAGGCAUUAGCAAGGAAGUAAAUCUCCCAGAUGAGAGAGUCCAAGAGUUGAUUGCACAGGAAAUUAAUUACAAGCGUGCGUUGCCAAAGACGUAUGCACAGUACGCCAGGCAGAAGCUCCAGGUUGCAGAGGUCUUAGGAAUCAUUCCCAGGGCCGAGAUUCCAGCGUAGCUGUGUUUGUUUGUUGCUGGCUUCCGUGGUGAUCUUUUGGCAUUAAUUAGAUGCCCAUGUACAUGUGGGCUUAUAUAUUUGGCGUACCCUUUUUGACCAAAUUGUUCAUUGUGCCUCGAGAUCUGCCACGAUAUCAUUUGAUGUGGUUCGUACUAUGGAAUUGUGCGAUGGGAUCUUCUAUUGAAGAAAAAACUUUAUGCGGCUGA